AUGACACUAUUGUCACUUGCCCCAGAUGCAGCUGCGGCUGCCAAGGACUACCUGGAGCACGAUGUAUUUGGUGAGACGCCGUCAUUGCUGGAACGAAAUCGAGAUCCAAAUCAAAUUCAGGAACCUGUGGUAAGGUGUUCAGAUCAUAUGUGCCCAAUAAGGGUGCAUUGGCAUGUGAAAGAAAAUUACAAACUAUACUGGCGGGUUAAAUUGACAGUGACAAAUCUGAACAUCAUUCAAAAUUAUUCAGCAUGGAACUUGGUGGUCCAACAUCCGAACCUGCAAAGAUUGACACAAGUUUUCAGCUUCAACUAUGAACCCCUCAAUCAAUACGGAUAUAUCAGUAAGUUGUUGCAUCAAGCUAGCCUCUGUCAGAUCAUUGUUUACAAGGGACUUCAUGACUUAACAGAUGAUAUUCGAGAUCCUUCUAAGUAUGGUGCUAUUUUUGAGAUGACUGUUGGAGGUUCUGUCAAAUAUUCCGAAUUUCAGAUGCCAGAAAAUUUCUCACUUGGAGUUCCUGGCUAUAGUUGUGGACAGGCAAUUGAUGCGAUUCCCACCAAGUACACAACAGAUGGAGACCAAGGUACAUGGACUGUGGCCUGCAUGUACUCCCAGAGUUUAGCAUCACCAACACCAAGAUGUUGUGUUUCCUUGUCUGCUUUCUACAAUGACACUAUUGUCACUUGCCCCAGAUGCAGCUGCGGCUGCCAAGGACAACCUGGAGCGCGACGUGCAAUAAAGUAA